AUGAGCAGUUUGCUGUAUUCUAAAACUCUUCUUGUAGAUAAAAACAAGGGAGUUGCACUUUUACACACCACUCAUCAAACAACGGAAAUGCGUAAAUAUAUGGUGUAUAGAGUUCAAGCAGGUUUCUAG